GGUUAAAAAAAAAAAAAACAAAUCUUGCUUAGAAGGCAAGUAGAACAGAAGACUCGUUAUCUGGGAAAGGUUCGUGUACUGGAGCGAAAAUGGCGAGUUUGGUAGGGUCACCGUGGAUGAAGAUUAGGGUCAUUCCGGAGGUGGCUCCGCCGUUUCUCCGCCGCUCGUCGUCUCUGUUUCGGAGGAGUUUUUCAGUGUCUUGUUCGGUUGAAGCGCCUCCGAAGAAGCUCGAAGGGGAGGUUCGCGUUCGUUUCGCUCCUUCUCCCACUGGAAACCUCCAUGUUGGUGGCGCGAGGACUGCCCUCUUCAAUUACUUGUUCGCCAGGUCCAAAGGUGGGAAGUUUGUUCUUCGGAUUGAAGAUACUGACCUGGAGAGGUCUACUAAGCAAUCAGAGGAAGCUCUGUUGCAGGAUCUGUCCUGGCUCGGUCUCCACUGGGAUGAAGGUCCUGGUGUUGGUGGAGACUAUGGUCCUUAUAGGCAGUCUGAAAGGAAUUCUUUGUACAAGCAAUAUGCAGAGAAGCUUUUAGAAUCUGGUCAUGUUUAUCAGUGUUUCUGUUCGAAUGAGGAAUUAGAAAAGAUGAAGGAGAUUGCAAAGCUAAAGCAACUGCCUCCAGUAUACACAGGAAAGUGGGCCAGUGCGACAGCUGAAGAAGUACAAGAAAAGCUAGAAAGGGGAACUCCUUAUACAUACAGAUUUCGUGUGCCAAAAGAGGGAAGUUUGAAAAUUGAUGACCUUAUCCGUGGCGAAGUUAGAUGGAACUUGGAUACACUUGGAGAUUUUGUGAUCAUGAGGAGCAACGGACAACCAGUUUACAAUUUUUGUGUCACAGUUGAUGAUGCCACCAUGGCUAUUUCUCAUGUUAUUAGAGCAGAAGAGCAUUUACCAAACACUCUCAGGCAAGCAUUGUUGUAUAAGGCUCUUGGAUUUGCCAUGCCUUCGUUUGCACAUGUUUCCCUAAUCCUUGCACCUGAUCGGAGUAAACUAUCAAAACGACAUGGUGCAACUUCAGUGGGUCAGUUCAAGGAGAUGGGGUUCCUGCCUCAGGCAAUGGUGAACUACCUUGCACUGCUGGGUUGGGGUGAUGGCACUGAAAAUGAAUUCUUCACCCUGAAGCACCUUGUUGAAAAGUUCUCAAUUGAUCGUGUUAACAAAGGUGGUGCCAUCUUUGAUUCCACCAAGUUAAGGUGGAUGAAUGGUCAGCACUUAAGGUCACUCCCAUCAGAAGAGUUGACCAAGCUCAUUGGUGAGCGCUGGAAAAACACUGGUAUUCUCAUUCAGUCAGAUGGGCCUUUCGUAGAGGAGGCUGUUGCACUGCUCAAGGACGGGAUUGAUUUGAUAACAGAUUCAGACAAGGCCCUCUCUAACUUGCUUUCCUAUCCUUUAUGUGCUACCUUAACCAGUCCUGAAGGUAAACCUGUCUUGGAAGAUAAGCUGUCUGAAGUUUCAUCCAGCUUGUUAGCCGCCUAUGACAGCGGUGAACUUCUCCAAGCCCUUGAGGAAGGCCCUGCUGGCUGGCAGAAGUGGGUGAAGAGCUUUGGCAAAUCACUGAAACGCAAGGGGAAAUCGCUUUUCAUGCCUCUUCGAGUUUUGCUAACCGGAAAACUCCAUGGCCCAGACAUGGGGGCUAGUGUGCUUUUACUCCACAGAGCUGGGACCUGUGGAGUUGUUGCUCCUCAGGUUGGGUUUGUGACACUGGAAGAUAGGUUCAAAAUGCUGAGAGAAGUUGAAUGGGAAGCAUUAAACAAGGAUCAGCCUCCUCUGGAGUCUGCUGCUCCAGCAAUUAACUGACAUUCCACAGUUUUGGCCUUUCCUUCUUGUCUCGUCCUUUUCCCAUUUGAGAGAGAGAAAAAAAAAUAAAAAAUUGAAUUCAUCUCCAAGUCCAAACUCCCAUGUGUGAUAGUUCCUGAAUUUGAAUGCAAAUAAAGAUGCAUCUUUAGACUCUUUACUGCA